CUUUUAUUGUGUAGACAGGAAGUAAGGGAGGAGGCGGAACCUUUGUCGGACUCUGUUUCCCUUCGGAAUCGUAAUCGGUGAGUGUUCCGGUGGUGUGUUGUUGUCGGACCGGACUCGGUUCUUUUCUCCGGUUUUACCCGUUAACCGGUGAAACCUCCCGGAGCUCCGACGCUGAUGCCCCUCGUACCGGGACCUCCAGCCGGUUAGCUUCCGCCCGCAGGAUGAGCUCCUCCGCGGGGCUGCACACCCAGCUGGCCGCCGUCAUGGAGUCUCUGGUCCACGCCGCGGUGGCGGAGCUACAGAAGCUGUUGGAGGUCAGUCCGGCCUCCAGGACCGGCUGCCCGGAGAGCGGAGCCGGGGAGGAGGCUCCUGAGCCGGCCAGACCGAAGACGGAGAGCCGGGAGACGAUGGUGCUGUUUGCGUCCGUCAUGGAGGUUCUGGGGAACGAGGCUCUGGGGAAGAUCCUGAACAUCGUGGAUGAAGGUCGUCUGCUGCUGGAGACCUCGAGGAGCUGCAGGAGGCCUCAGACCGCUGUCCUCAACGUGCUCAGCAACCUGAACGACGCACGAGUCGAACUCGAACACUCGUAUGGAGUCCGACAGGAGAACUCUGAUGCAGAACCUGCGCCACAGAUGAAGACAGAGGAGGAAACCGUGGAGACGCCGUUUGUGUUGGCGGUGACCAUUAAAGACGAACACGGAAACAUCGACCUGGGAGCCAUCACUGAGAGAGCGCAGCUGGAAUCUUCUGAGGAGCCGCCGUCCGACAUGCAGCCGUCGCAGGUUUCCGACUCGGAGUUCCUCCUGCAGAGCGUCACCUGGAAAUGCUUCAUCUGCAACACCUGCGGCAAAUCUUUCUCCACCCAGAGCAACCUGAAGUCCCACUGCCGCAUCCACUCCGGUGAGAAGCCGUUCUCCUGCGACGUCUGCGGCCGCGCCUUCCGACAGCGGCAGAGCCUGCAGAGCCAUGUCCGGACGCACACCGGCGAGCGGCCGUUCCAGUGUCCGGAAUGCGGGAAACGUUUCUCUAAGCAGGCGCAGCUGAAGACGCACGCCAUCAUCCACACCGGGGAGCAACCGUACAGCUGCGACGUCUGCGGACGCCGCUUCAACCUGCUGCAGAACCUGCACCGCCACGAGCUCACGCACACCGGCCAGAAGGUGUUCGUCUGCAGCGUCUGCGGUAAAGGCUUUACCCGCGCCGUCACGCUGAAGACGCACCUCCUUAUCCACACCGGACAGAAGCCCUUCAAGUGCGAGCAGUGCCACAAAACCUUCCGACACGCCGUCAACCUCAAGAACCACCAGCGCAUCCACAGCGGCCUGCGACCCUUCAGCUGCGACCUCUGCGGGAAGAGCUUCCGGCAGGCGGUGAACCUGAAGAUCCACCGCAGGGUCCACACCGGCGAGCGGCCGUUCAGCUGCCAGGAAUGCGGCAAAACGUUCAGCCAGCAGAGCAGCCUGAACUCCCACGGCCGGACGCACUCCAGCGAGAAGCCGUUCGAGUGCAGCUCCUGCGACAAGAAGUUCAACAACGCCAACAGCCUGAAGCUGCACCUGCGCAUCCACACCGGAGAGAAACCGUACGCCUGCGACAUCUGCGGGAAGAGCUUCAGCCAGGGCAGCCACCUGAGGACGCACAAGAGGCACGUGCACGCCGGCGGGAAGCAGUUCAUCUGCGACAAAUGCGGAAAGAGAUACUCGGACCAGCGCAACUUGAAGCUGCACAAAUGCAGCUACGCAUGAACACACGCAGAGGUUAUGUUUCAGUUGCUGGAAAAUGGUUUGGCCAAUCAGAGCCUUGGUUCUCCUGAUUUACCCAUGAGCCUCAGUGGCUGUAGAGACUGAAGCCCCGCCCCUCCUAAUGCUGCUCUCUGAUUGGUUGAAGCUGUGGAUUUAAGUUAACCAUGAGCGUUAGUGUAAAUGUGUACAUAAACACAUUUUAUAAUUUUCUAAAUGACGUUUUUCAUGUAUUUGGAAAAUCUGAAUAAAAUCUAAAACAUC